GUGACAGAAGGUUAGUCAGGUUAGGCGGACAUACCAGACAUGAACAGCCACCUCUUCGUUGUUCCGUGAUACCUGUCUAGACCAACUUUAUCACAGUCAACCCCAUUAUGAGCUUUGGGCAUAACAAUUAAUAUUCUGAGCAAUUAUUGUAAUUGAAUUACACAGAUUCAUACUAUUCUUUCUACUGCCUCGUGAUUUUAUCAAUUCUCGCUCCGACUAUCUCCCCUCGUGAUCUUAUUACAACUUCGAACGCUUUAAUUAUCUGCUAAGCAGAAGCCAGAAAGCAAUGCAUAAGUCUUUCUCCCCGUUAACGGGUGGGCAAUAAGCCGACCAGUAGAUCAAAGUACCCGGGGUAAAGGAGCAACGGAGUUUGCAUAAUUCAUUCCGGAUCAUGUAUUAUUAAUCAUUCGUUUCUAGGUCAUUGCGCCUUGUAGCCUGACUAUAUCUGCUACAGCCUCAUGAUAUAUAAACGUCGACGAGAGCCACAAUAGCAUGGGUAUUGAACUCGUACAGCAGCACACACAUCAUCACUCGAUUAUCAUAUAACACGCUCCUCACCUUUAACGAUACUCAUCAUCAAGAUGAAAAGCAACAUUUUCCUUCGCUCGGCUCUUUUAGGCCUCCAAGCAUCACUGUCAACGCAGCUACACAUCCCCAGGGCCGCGGAUUCACUCAUUCCUUAUCCUACUCGAAAAAUUGGCAACGUCAGCGUAGUUGACACUAAGAUUGUACGAGAAGCCCAAGCUUUUGCACGCAGCCACAGUAGCGACGUCGUCUGGAAUCAUAUAGUGCGAGGCUGGCUCUAUGGAAGCCUCAUCAUUGCUCACAAUGACACUCUUCGCACCACUGUGGACGCUGAGGCACAUGCUAUGGCUGCGAUCCUACACGAUCUGGGGUGGGAUCAAACACCCAACUCGACAGUCGUGAGCACCGAUCGGCGCUUUGAAGUAGACGGUGCCAUCGGUGCGCGUAACUUUAUCAACAGCCACAGCAGCAACCCAAAAGACUGGAACGCCAAUAGAGUUCAACUAGUGUGGGAUUCUAUUGCCCUACAUACCCAGCCCAGUAUCUUCGAAUACAAGCAAGACACUGUCGCUGUGACCGGUCUUGGUAUUCUGAUGGACUUCGAAGGUCCGGCGGAAGGAGUAACGCAGCAGGAAUAUGACGCUGUAGUAGCUGCAUUCCCAAAGGUCGAGUUUGAAGAAACAGUCAAUCAGACUUUUGUUUGGCUUUGUCAGACUAAACCUAAGACUACAUAUGAUACUUUCAUGCAGCCCUGGGGCGAUAACUAUGUUGCGAACUACUCUGCAGACGGGUAUCGGAUUAUUGACAUAAUUUCUGCGCUUCCACGAUGAAGUCUCCUGGCGGCCACGGACCUCAAUCCAGCUCGUUUUAUAAUGAUUCACGGCUAGAGAACUUGAGGGUUUGGUUGUUGUAACAAUCAGGGGCCGGAAAGGGGAAGAGAUAACUUUGAAAAGUACAACUUGUGGACACGGGUCUAGGAGGUUGCAAACAGCCUAGGCUAUACUAUCUUUUUAAAACAGAAUUCCACUCAACUUUACCGACUUUAGAAUGACGCGACACCCAAGCUCGGGCGGGGGGGUUAAUGCUGAGAUCAGGGGUUUCUAUUACUAAGACUAGACCGCGAUCAUCUAUCCAGAAUUAGCAAGGAAAUGUGAAUGGGAUGAGAUGCUCGCAAUCUUGAGAUUAGGGAUUACGAAAGCCACGGGUGAAUUCCCCUUUAGGCAUAAAAAUCGUUCGGGUAGCAGAAAUAGAACUCGUUGUUACAUUUUAUAAC